CUGCGUGACGUCGACACCCAAACACGGAAAUGAAGCUCGUCUCCACAUUAAAGUCUCAGUAAAUGCGCUUUAAAAUGAACCCACGCGGCUGGAGUUAAAAUGCAGACGUGUGAACCCCACCAGAGGCCCAUGUGGAGACAUGGAGAAGAUUCGAGAGCGAUUCGCAGAAUCAGCGAGACUGAGGAAGAGGAGCUCCAUUCUCUACAGCACAGAUGUCAGCCAGCCUCAAACACUCAAAUUCUUUGGCUUCAGCAUCACCGUGUUCACGGUCAUAUUCCGCCUGCUCAGCUGUGUUCUGGUCCAGACCAGCUUCGUCCCGGAUGAGUACUGGCAGUCGCUGGAGAUUCCCCAUCGAAUGGUCUUUGGUUACGGCUACGAGACGUGGGAAUGGAAGGAAGGCAUGCGGGGAUAUUCUUACCCUCUCCUGUUCGCUCUGAUGUACAAACUCCUGCAUCUGAUGAACUAUGACACGGUUUAUUUAUUGGUGUUUGUGCCGCGUGUUUUCCAGGCGCUGCUGGCUGCAUACGCCGACGUGAAGCUGUACAACCUCGUCCUGCGGUGGGAAACUCCAGAUGUGGCCAAAUGGACAUAUUUCUGUCAGCUGUGUUCAUGGUUCACCUGGUUCUGCUGCAGCCGGACUCUGACCAACACCAUGGAAACGGUUCUGACCACCCUGGCACUUUGCUUUUACCCUUUACCCGGCUCCAAAACGCACAACAGCUGGAAGUAUUUGUCUCUGGUGUCGCUGGCCAUCGUUGUCCGUCCCACAGCUCUGAUCGUCUGGCUUCCUCUGCUCUUCUAUCAUUUCUGCAUGGAAAAGCACAAGCUGAAGCUCAUCACACAGCGAUGCUUUCCCAUUGCGGCUCUUGCAUUGGGUGUCUCAACACUAAUAGACUCCGUGUUCUAUGGAAAGUGGAUCCUGGUCCAGUGGAACUUCCUGAAGUUUAACGUGCUGCACAAUGUGGCCGAGUUUUACGGAGCUCAUCCGUGGCACUGGUACUUCACUCAGGGUCUGCCGGUCGUGCUCGGCCCGCACCUUCCUCUCUUCCUGCACGGAUGUUCACUGGCUACCAAAAAGCACAGAAUCCUGCUGAUAACCGUCUUAUGGACUACAGCCAUUUACAGUUUGCUUGCACACAAGGAGUUCCGGUUUGUUUAUCCAGUGCUGCCAUUCUGUAUGAUAUUUAGCGGCAUGUCUUUAGCGAAGAUGCAAGCGUGGAGGAAACCUGCUGCUGCUGCCCUGCUGCUCUUCAAUCUGAUUCCUGCAUUAUACACGGGUUUAAUUCACCAGCGUGGAUCUCUGGACGUCAUGCAUGACCUGCAGCAACUGUGUGACGUCCGCGAGUCUCAGAACUCGCCUGAGCUGCUGUUCCUCAUGCCGUGUCACUCCACACCACUCUACAGUCACCUGCACUGUCCCCUCAAACUGCGGUUCCUAGAGUGUCCACCAGAUCUCACGGGAAAUGAGGAGUAUGUGGAUGAAGCAGACGUGUUCUUCUCCAACCCUCUUCACUGGCUCAGAACGUCCUUCCCAUCUCAGUCCAAGCUGCCUUCACAUAUAGUGCUGUUCGACUGCCUGGAGAAGGAGAUUUCAUCAUUCCUGGAGGAAAACCGAUUUGCCAAAAAAGCUGAAAUAUUCCACACUCAUUUUCCCGAAGGUCGCGUGGGACGGAACAUAUUAAUAUACACGAGAGGAUCUGAACUGAAGACUAAAUAAAGUUACUUUUUUUUCCCUCAAACUUAUGUAAAGAGUUUUGUUACAGUCUUUUUCGUUUUUCCAGUGUAAGAUCCUGAUCUUUUUCAGCUCAAAGCAGGAGGACAAUCAUCAGUGAAGCAGUGAAAGACUUUUAUUCUAGACUUUAAGUGCAACAUUAAGCAGUUUAAGUGCAUUUGUGUUCAAUUACAUUAGAGCCGUUUCCAAACAAGGAAUGUCAUUUAGCCGAUAGCCACACAGACAAGAAAAAGAGGGAAAAAUAGUGCACUAACAAGUGCAGAUUGAAAGUAAAUCUUAAAUCAUACCUUCUACUGAUUUGCAUGUUCCAAGAAAACUGGUACAGCAGAAACCGGUCAAACCAGAUUACUUCAGUUAUUUUUAUAAUGUUUUCCUUAUUCUUCCAAAUCUACUGAACUUACUGAAAUAAUUUCAAUAUAAUGCAUUUUGUUUGGUUAUUUGGUCCUAAGCAAAAUUAAACAUACGUUUCAGUUUUUUGUUUAGAAACAUUAAUAAUUAAUUAAAAUGCAACAAAACAAAGUGCUUUUUUUUUUGUUUUUGGUAAG